AGUAAUAAAAAAAAAAUAAUAAAGAAGAGAGCCACCGAAGAACAACGCGGCAAGGGUAAGGCUUCCAGCAAGAGAUCAUCUGAAAGGGAGCAAUAAGCGAAGCCGGAACCCUAAUACCACGAUCCUAUCGUCGAUUAUUAAUCGGUGGAAAAUGAGUGAAGAAGGCGGAGGGAAGACCAGGGGCGUUUCGGUCGCCGCCGGCGAACAUUCUUCGCAUCCGCCGCCCAAUUAUUAUUAUGGUACUUUUCAAGGCGUGGCCAAUUAUCAACCUCAGCCUCCGCCGCCGUCUCAUCUAGUUAUGGGCAUCCCUCAGCCCGUGCCUCCUCCUGCCUUUUCCGGCCCUCCACCGAUGUACUAUCCUCCUGGAUUUCAAGCCCUUCCAACUUAUACUAUCGUUGAAGGAAGACCUUAUAGAGAGGAGAGGCUCCCUUGUUGCGGUGUGGGCCUUGGAUGGUUCUUGUUUAUCGUUGGCUUCUUUAUGGGUGCGAUUCCUUGGUACAUUGGAGCUUUUCUGCUGUUAUGUGCUCGUUUGGAUUACAGAGAGAAGCCUGGACUCGUUGCAUGCUCUAUAGCUGCUAUUCUAGCUGCUCUUGCUGUUACUCUUGGUGUGACAAGGGUGACUCAUUCUUGGUGAAUCUUCAAGUUUGUACAUUCUCCAACCGAAUGAAUUUGGUCUAUUGUAAUUAUUUUAUAUUUCUGGUUUUUUCAUCACUGUAUGAGGAUUUGGUCAUUGGUUCAAUAAAUUGGUAUUUAUAUAAUUAUAUUUUUUAGCAUGUUUUGAAAACACGGUCCGGGUGCUCGGUAAGAAAUUGUUACUGA